CCUCGCAGUGAGCACGGAAGAGGCCUGUGCGAUCUGUGUUUUGUGUGUCCGUGUGCUUUUUACGUCGUGAUGGUUCGGCGUUGAUCAAAACAAGAAAAAGCCUCGACCGAUACGACAAAAAGACUAUUUUUUCCGAUUUUUUUAAUUAUUUUUUUUUCUUUAUUUGUAUUUUUUUUUGUCUGUGCUGAAUAGGAUUUCGUCGGGACCACUAAGCAAGAACUGACUUCAUAUCAUUGAAGUCACUUUUGCCAAGCAACCAAGAAUACACAACUCCGAUUAAUCAUGGAGUUAGCUCAUACUAAAACAUAUCAGGAGACGUUAGAACAUUUCAAUACCGACCCAGAGAGAGGCCUUACUCUGGACCAAGUCAAAAAAUACCAAGAGAAAUAUGGCCCCAACGAACUUCCCGCUGAAGAAGGGAAAUCCUUAUUACAACUCAUCCUGGAACAGUUCGAUGAUCUCUUAGUAAAAAUUUUACUCUUAGCCGCCAUUAUUUCAUUUGUAUUAGCGUUAUUCGAAGAACAUGAGGACGAGAGUUCUCAGGUUACAGCUUUCGUGGAACCUUUCGUCAUUCUUCUCAUUCUCAUUGCUAACGCCAUUGUCGGUGUAUGGCAGGAAAGGAAUGCAGAAAGUGCCAUCGAAGCCUUAAAAGAAUAUGAACCUGAAAUGGGUAAAGUUGUUAGGCAAGACAAGGCCGGUGUACAAAAAAUUAAAGCUCGAGAAAUCGUGCCUGGAGAUGUCGUCGAGAUUUCAGUUGGGGAUAAAGUUCCAGCCGAUAUUAGACUAAUGAAAAUUUAUUCCACUACUUUGAGGGUUGAUCAGUCUAUUCUGACUGGUGAAUCCGUAUCGGUCAUCAAGCACACAGAAGCCAUUCCAGAUCCUAGGGCUGUAAACCAGGACAAGAAAAAUAUUCUUUUCUCAGGUACAAAUAUCGCUGCAGGCAAAGCUCGUGGUAUUGUUAUUGGAACUGGCUUGGAUACCGCUAUCGGUAAAAUUCGUACCGAGAUGACAGAGACCGAAGAAGUGAAAACACCUCUUCAACAGAAGCUGGACGAAUUCGGUGAACAGCUCUCAAAAGUGAUUUCCAUCAUCUGCGUUGCUGUCUGGGCCAUCAACAUCGGUCAUUUCAACGAUCCUGCUCAUGGUGGAUCAUGGAUCAAGGGAGCUGUAUAUUAUUUCAAGAUUGCUGUAGCUUUGGCUGUUGCUGCCAUUCCAGAAGGUCUGCCAGCUGUGAUUACUACUUGCUUAGCCUUAGGUACCAGGCGUAUGGCCAAGAAGAAUGCCAUUGUGAGGUCUCUUCCCUCCGUAGAAACCUUAGGUUGCACUUCCGUCAUUUGCUCCGACAAAACAGGAACUCUCACCACCAACCAGAUGUCAGUCAGCAGAUUUUUCAUCGUUGAGAAAGCUGAUGAUCCCAAAUUCUAUGAAUUUGAAGCUACUGGAUCUACUUAUGAACCUAUCGGUGAUGUCUUUAUCAACGGAGCUAAGGCAAAAACAUCUGAUUAUGAAGCAUUGUAUGAAUUGGCUACCAUCUGUGCAAUGUGCAACGAUUCCAGUAUUGACUUCAACGAAUAUAAACAAUGUUUUGAGAAAGUCGGUGAAGCUACUGAAACUGCUUUGACUGUCCUCGCUGAGAAACUGAACCCGUGGAAUUUCGACAAAACUGGAAAGUCCCGCCGUGAUGCUGCCCUCACAGUAAACCAUGGCAUCCAGAGCAUGUGGAAGAAAGAAUUUACUUUGGAAUUCUCUCGUGAUCGUAAAUCCAUGAGCAGUUAUUGUACUCCAACUAAAGUAUCUCGAUUGGGUUCUGGACCAAAAAUGUUCUGCAAGGGCGCUCCUGAAGGUGUGCUUGACAGGUGCACUCACGUCCGUGUAGGUAACACCAAAGUCCCCAUGACAUCUGCCAUGAUGAAUAAAAUCAUCGAAACUACUAAGGUCUAUGGUACCGGACGUGACACCCUCAGAUGCUUGGCUCUUGCCACAAUUGAUAACCCACCUAAAAUCGAAGAGAUGGAUUUGGCUGAUUCCACGAAAUUUGUUAACUAUGAGGUCAAUAUGACUUUUGUUGGAGUCGUUGGUAUGUUGGAUCCACCAAGGAAAGAGGUUAUGGAUUCAAUUAAACGUUGCCGAGCCGCUGGUAUUCGUGUUAUUGUGAUUACUGGUGACAAUAAGGCUACUGCUGAGGCUAUCUGUCGCAGAAUUGGAGUCUUUGAGGAGGAUGAGGAUACUACAGGCAAAUCAUACUCUGGACGGGAAUUUGAUGACCUUCCUGUCAGUGAACAAAGAUUAGCAGUGCGAAGGGCCAGAUUAUUCUCUCGAGUAGAACCAUCUCAUAAAAGCAAAAUUGUUGAGUUCUUACAGGCUGAUGGCGAGAUUUCUGCCAUGACUGGUGACGGUGUAAAUGACGCUCCUGCUUUGAAGAAAGCUGAAAUUGGUAUUGCUAUGGGAUCUGGAACAGCAGUCGCUAAAUCUGCUUCCGAAAUGGUGUUAGCUGAUGAUAACUUCUCCACAAUCGUAGCUGCUGUAGAAGAAGGUCGCGCUAUCUACAAUAACAUGAAACAAUUUAUCCGAUACCUGAUCUCAUCCAAUGUUGGUGAAGUCGUAAGCAUUUUCCUUACUGCUGCUCUUGGUCUCCCAGAGGCUCUCAUUCCUGUACAGCUGUUAUGGGUCAACUUGGUAACUGAUGGUCUUCCAGCUACAGCCUUGGGUUUCAAUCCACCUGAUUUGGACAUCAUGAACAGACCACCAAGGAAGGCUGAUGAAGGUCUUAUCACCGGAUGGCUGUUCUUCAGAUACAUGGCCAUUGGAGGUUACGUCGGAGCUGCCACUGUCGGUGCAGCAACAUGGUGGUUUAUGGUUGCCCCUGAUGGUCCCCAUCUCACAUAUUGGCAGUUAACUCAUCACUUAACUUGCUUUACCGAACCAGAAAAAUUCUCUGGACACGAUUGCUCAGUCUUCAAAGAUCCUCAUCCCAUGACCAUGGCUUUAUCUGUACUGGUAACCAUUGAGAUGUUAAACGCCAUGAACAGUUUAUCUGAGAAUCAGUCAUUAACUGUCAUGCCACCAUGGAUUAACCCCUGGUUGUUGGCUGCAAUGCUUCUGUCCAUGACGCUUCACUUUGUCAUUUUGUACAUUGACAUCUUGUCCUCUGUCUUCUCUGUCACUCCACUGAACGCUGAAGAAUGGUUUGCUGUGAUGAAGAUGUCUAUACCUGUAGUGCUACUGGAUGAAGUAUUGAAAUUCGUCGCCAGGAAAUACAUAGAUGUGGGUUUCGUAGAGGAGAAGAAGAAGAAAUAAACUCUGCCAGUACAAUUCAUUUUCUAGUUUCCACAUCUGAUGUCCCUGUCUGAAAACAUGUAUAUGAAAGAAAAUAUUUAAAAAAAAGUAUGUGUUGUGUUGUGCCUUCCUCGACAAGCCUCAACUACAGAGGUCUGAAACAGUGAAUUGAGUCAACAUUUUUUUUCUUUUAAUUCUUAUUUUAAAAUUUACGAAAGAAACAGUGCCGUGUUACUCCGUGCCGCUGUGAAAGUGGUUUCCUUGUUGCCUUGCAUAAAUUUUUGGAAUCGUAGCUUGGAGACUGCCGAUGCCGUCCUACAUGCCGAACUCUGGAGCCUUGUCGUCCAGGAACUUUUUUGGAUUGUGAUACCAGAACCGGCAGAGAACGAGCCUCGUCAGAAUCCAGUGAGCCAUCCAAUACUCUGCAUGAAUGUCAGACAAUUUGUAAAAAGAAAAUACUUUCUCUCUGAGUAUUAUCUGGUCAUACACACAAAAAGUAAAAGAGAGGUGCCUGAUUCUCUCAAAUUUGAGUGUUUGUUUUUUUCCUAGAGCUAGUUUCAGGAUUGCGUAUUUUUUUUAAAUCAAUGUACAGUGAUGUUUAAAGAAUGUUUUUAGUCAUAAUUUAACUUCUUGGCAUUUAGAGCCCAUUUUAGUUUCUGUGUAAAACAAAUCUGUAAAAUAAUCAAAAACAUGUUUAAUUUUUGUGGAAUGUGAGUGUGACGUCUCGACUCCGGUUAGACAUCAAGUCUCAGAAAUCAACAAAGCCGAGGGAAAAAAUCAUUUUUCAUCGCUACUGCUUUUUUUUAUUUGCUCAUCAGUGAUGAAUUGAAGGGCAGUGGAAAUUUUAUCUAUAUUUUUGUGUUAAGAUUUUAAUUUUAAUGAAAUCCCAUAAGCUCACUGAAAUAUAUAAUUUAGAACUUUUACAGUAUUAUCCUUGAAUUCUCUAAGGCACAGGAAAGAGUGCUUCACCAAAUAUCGAUGACAACGAACUGCUCAAUACAUAGUAAAUUUUACUAUAAUCCUUUUUAAACGUCCGAUAAAUUAUAUACAUACACCUUUUCUGGGAAGGGGGGUUUCUUAAGACUAAAAUCUUUAAAGUUAUAUAUGUGAGGAAGAAAAAACUGUUUAUGUAACUGUUCCUCCCCAUUGAUGAACUGGAGCUCUGAAGGCAUCUGUCUGAUGAUCGGACUGGACAUACAAGCAUCUAAGACGAGUCAUGUGGCGCGGAAGGCUACGAUCAUCUGAAAGAGCCUGAACUGCACAUGUUCAUCAUCUAUAAACUUGCACAAAGUCCUCUUCCUAUGUGGCUAUUGUUAAAGCCCGUGAUCAAAUUUUGUACAUUAAUCCCUGUACAGUAGAAAACACGUUAAAAUAAAUUAUACAUAUAACUCCA